UUAUGGCGCAGGGAGGAUAAUCGUUCGCGUACUCGAGCUGCAGAAUCCACAAGAUCGUACGCUGUUUGAUACCGAUGGCACACGAGCGUGCUACCUACGCAAGCUGCGAGUCUGCACACCUUUGCUUGGACACCCCUGCGAUCGAGGAUGAAGAUCGUCGCCGAUGACCUCGGCAUCAGCAUGCCGUGCGGCCAUGUGCUCCAGCAAUAAGCUUCAUCAUUCCAAUCACACCUGCACUGUGAAGUUCCUUACCACCUGCACGAUUACCGACUUCUCACUGCGAUGACGCCUAGAUCUGGCGCUCCAGAAUGCAUAUAAAGCUCAUAUGAUUAACGCUUGGCACCGUGGUCUCGUCAUAUCCCCUUCCGCCUGGACGACAUCUCGGCAGCCAUGGCAACGUCCCUCGCCGGUCUCGCCUUCUCAGCACUUACAGUCUUGGCUUGCGCUCAGCAAGCACGGCCGAGCAUCAUCACCACUGUCCCGCCGAACACUACACAUUUCGACUUUGUGGUCAUUGGCGGCGGUACCGCUGGGCUCGCACUCUCCGCGCGACUCUCCUCCCAUCCGAACACCAGCGUCCUGACCAUCGAAGCCGGGCUAGACAAUCGCACCGACCUCGCGACAGAAAGCUUGCUCGAAUACGGUGCCGUACUCGGCGGACCGCUUGAUUGGAGCUGGUCUACGGUUGAAGGACGAACUAUUGACGGGGGGAAGACACUAGGUGGCUCCAGCUCUAUUAACGGCGCUGCAUGGACGCGCGGGCAAGACGCGCAAUACGACUCGUGGAAUGAGCUAUUGACACCCGGGGAGAGAGCAGUUGGUUGGGGAUGGUCCGGCGAGCGAGGUCUUUUGAGCUACAUGAAGAAGAGCGAGACAUUUCACCCACCGGAUGCACUGCAACGUGCUCAACUCAACGCGUCCUACGAGCCUCCCUUCCACGGGUUCUCUGGGCCCGUUCAAGGCUCUUUCACCAAUGCCGAUCUCAUGCCAAGCAAUGCAUCCGGCGCUGGGAUCAAGCAGAGCGCUUUCAUCGCAACUUGCAAGAGUGCAGUAGGCUUUGAGCUUGCACAGGGCGCGGACGUGAAUGAUGGAAGGCCGACCGGAGUGUUUGUCACCCCGCUGAGCAUAGACCCUGCCAGAGAUGAUCACAGAUCGUCGUCUGCAGAAGCGUACCUCACACCUGUCGAGAAUUCCCGUAACAACUGGGUCGUACUUGUAGGGCAUACGGCUACGCGGAUCCUAUUUACGCAGUCUAACAGCAGUGGCCUUCAACAUGCAUACGCCGUGCAGUUUGCUCCGACACCUUCGAAUUCUUCAGUCAACAGCUCGCAGCCGGAAGUCACCGUGUAUGCCAAUUACGAGAUUAUCCUAUCAGCAGGUGCGAUCCAAUCGCCGGCAUUGCUCCAAUUGUCCGGCAUCGGUCCCCGGAGUCUGCUUGACGACCUCGACAUUGACGUCGUCGUGGCGCUCGAGGGCGUGGGGCGGAAUCUACAGGAUCAGGCAGCAACGCCUCUUGCUGCGGGCUCGACUGGCAACGAUACAGGAGGCACCCGCGUCCUAGACGCCAUCGGCUUCCCUAACGUCAGCUCGCUUUUCGCCUUCGGCGCCCUCAAUGGCUCCUGCAACGUUUCUGAUGUCAUCGAUGAUGGUAUCUCUCAAUGGGCUGCUAGUCAAGCUGCUGCAGGGGGCGGCAUCAGUGCAGAGGCUUUGGAAGAGAUUAUGCGGAUCCAAGCCAGCAAUAUUCUCAACGAUAAUGCGGCAAUACUCGAAAUGUUCUUCUACGAGCCUGCAUCCGACAGCCUGGGCAUGAAUGUCUGGGGUCUCCUUCCCUUCAGCCGCGGGAAUCUCUCCAUCGUAAGUAAAGACCCAUUUGCACGCCCCACCAUCCGUGCCGCGUACCUCGCCGUCGACUUUGACCUCCACGUCGCGAUCGCCGGUGCACGUGCGGUACGCAAGCUCCUGCGCAGCCCGCCGCUGAGCGGGAUCGUCACGGCCGAGACUGUGCCCGGCACCUCCGUGGUGCCCGACCCGACCGGCGACGGCGGCGCAGACGCAGACUGGGCGGGGUGGGUGCGCGGGGCGUACAUCUCGAACGACCACCCAAUUGGGACUGCUGCGAUGAUGCGGCGUGAACUUGGUGGUGUGGUCGACGCACAUUUGAAAGUAUACGGGACCGAGAACGUCCGCGUCGUCGACGCGUCGGUCAUGCCGCUCCAGAUCAGCGCGCACUUAAGUGCGACGGUGUAUGGCAUCGCAGAGAAGGCGGCAGACUUGAUUCUAGGAGAUUUUAGCGCUGUAGCGCUUGGGUAUACAACAGCCUGAUGCCGUUGCUAUAGUUUUUGCAACCAAAUAUCACUUCGUGUGCUCCCGACGCGCGACAGAGGCGGGCCCAAGCUCAUUGACAUGCUGACUUUGUAAAGGCCGGUCCUGUCCAACUUUACAGUCGUUUGCAUACAACUGCAGUCUGUGAUUUUGUUCCAUGCUCCUUUCAAAUUUACCUUAUCUGGUC